AUGUGAAACGGUGCAUUCAGUGUGUGCUGCUUUCUAAGGACAUCAGAUUUGUUAUCUGUGGAACGUGCAGUUGGCUGCAAAAGAUCUUUUUCACUGCAACAAUAGCAACAAGACAAACGCAGAUGCCUGAACUGCAGUGAAUGCAUACCAGUUGAGCCACAACGUGUCAAUCAUUUUUACGUCUAACCCGUUCAGAUUAUGGGAUGAGCUUUUGAAAUUUGAAGAGCCAGUGAGAGUACAGCAAAGGAGAGUGAUCGUAGAGCAACAACAGCAAGAGUUACACAAUGCCACAGCCGAAGCCUCCUGUUCCCGUGCCAAGGACACACUUUUAUCGUCCGGUUAAAACGGAGGACGACGAGCCGGUAAAAUGUAGUCCCACUCCUCGGUCACCCUCCAAAUCUCCAGAGAGCGGUUUGGGUCGCUCAGCUCCACCACCGGUGCCACCAAAGAAGGUGACUGUUAAAAAGAGGCCGGGAGGAAGUGAAACUGGCAUUGACGUAGUGGAAAUAGUAAAGACGGUGGUCAAACAACCAUCUAAAGAUGACUGCAAGGAACAACCUCCUCUGCCGCCUGUGGAGCUGCUGAAACAGGAGCUUGAACAUGGCUAUGAAAGCCUGGAUGCCAACGCUCUUGCCACUUGCAACAAUGAAUACACAUCCUGGAAUACUCUGGCCAAAGACCUCAAACGUAGACGGGCGACAGAUGCAGAGAUCAUCAUGGUUAAAGCUGAGCAGCUCUCUAACACUAUCCAGGUUUACAUCAAAAAGAUGUCUGAAUGUGAUGAAACCCUGAAACAACACAUUCACGAGCUGCGCUGCGUUGCUGACAACUUAGACAAGGUUUCAAAGGGGACAAAGAUUGCUGGCAUCACAGGAGGAGCUACAACUGUAGCAGGAGGUGUGGCGGCAGCUGCUGGUGUGAUUCUGUCUCCGUUCACUCUGGGAGCCUCGCUGGCACUAACUGCAGUCGGAGUCGGGGUGGCUGCAGCCGGCGGCGUCACUGGUGCAUCUGCAGCCAUCGCAAACAAGGUGAACAUGACGCAGGACAAAAAGAAAAUCGACAAGACCUUGCACGGCUACGAGAAGCUCAUCAUAGAGAUUCAGGCCUGCCUGAAGUUCAUCAGUGAGGGCAUGGAGCAACUGAGGUCGCACGGUCUGUCUGCCCUGAGUGAAACCAAAAUGGAUUCAAUGAGGGGCACCAAGGUGGUGCAGCUGGCUGCCACAGGAGGGGCAAGUGCCUUGGCCUUGGAGGCAAACAGUAAAGCAUCUGGACUGAUACAAGGCUUCGCCCUCGGGAUGGAUUUCUUCUUCGUCCAAGAAAAAGAUGGGCCAAAGGUGAAGAAGGGCCUCGAGUCAAAGUUUGCAAAGAAAAUCCGCAGGCUGGCAGAGGAUCUCGAGAUGGGAUUGGAUGAGCUCAUCAAAAUCAAAGACAUGUUCAGUGAGCAUUGUUAAGAAGUGUGAUGUUUUUUCUUUCACUUGAAGAUCUUUUGUCUGAUUUUAUGCAUUUAGUUGUUACUACAGGCUUUGGUUUGAUAAUAAAUAAUAAUAAUAAAUUUUAUUUAUAAAGCGCUUUUCCAAAAACUCAAAGACGCUGGGUUUGAUACGGGGUAUUGCUACACGGAGCAGGUCAAAACAUAUUUUUGUAGCUUUAGUGCUAGAUUUAACAGUUUGCUUUGGAUGGAUGUAAUAAUUAUGAAUACAGUGUGUAACUGAUUGUGUUUACCUCUCCCGCUUUAAAUAUUUGAACUUCUUAGUCGCAUUGCAUAAUGCUUGUGUCAAGAUACUUUCCUAAUCAAAACAAUGGAUCUAGUAAAAUGUCCAAUUCACACUCUGUUAAUCAUGUAUUCAUCUGAAAGUCUGAAAAUAAACCACUGAAGAGCUGAAGCCGACCACCA